AUGGCUGGGCCUCUUGUACGUUUACGUCAGAUUACCAUGGUUAUCGAAGCCAAUAGUAGAGGGUUCACUACGACUAAGAGGGAGCAGGUCGCAAAGAGCGAUUCAUGUGCUUCACAAAAGGAAACGGUCGAUGGACCUGUUAUAGAGGCUUCCGACUACAUUAGAAGAGAUCGGGAUGGAAGUUUUGACAACGAAAACACAACCCUAUCCUUUGAAACCGAAAAUCAUGAGAAGCCGAGAACUGCUGAGUUCGGCUCACCUCUCUCAGCGGCUAUAUCAACCGAAGAAAAUGAACCAAAACUAACUGGGAAAUAUUGCAAGGGAAAAAAGAUGUCUAAGGAAGCGAUAGAAAAUCAUGGAUGCGUUCCGCCGAAACGACGUUGCUUGGCUGGAUUGGAAGAAGGAAGCAGCGAAGCGGGCAACAAUUUAAAAACUGGCGAAGCAUUCGGUGAAACGGAUGGGGAAUUUACCUACGCAACACCAGAUUACGAAUGGAUAGACGAAUUUGAGGAGAACGUUCCCAGAACGAAUGCUAAGCACACAACGACUCCGAAAUGGAAUGAGCUAGUAAAGGAGAUCGCUCCUCGCUUUUCCCCAAUGGCAUUCGCAUCGUCGUCUUCGAUUGCGCAGGGCUGUGCCCUCCGUUACAAUGAGGCUGGUCUUCGCCCUAUGAAUCCCGACUACGACAGACUUGCAUUUGAUAUAAGCGAUGAAGAUGAGGGUCAUGAGGGUCAAACGGAAAAUCAGACGGAAAAUCAGAUGGGAGAGAUCCCGACGAAAAAAACAUGCAAAAGUUACCAGAAAGGGAAAGAAGAGAAAUCUAAGGAAGGCAAAGCGCUAAUUCCGCUAUUUCUGGGUCGUUUUGUUGAUUAG